GCGCUGGUAUAAAAGACACACUGGCAGCUUUGUAAUCUGUCCAGAGGUUACUCUUAAGUCUAGUUAGUCCCAGUGAGUUGCUUGUCUCAAACCAUAGCUUCUGAGGAGUAUAGGGUGCUACUUUUCAGUUAAAAGCCAUGGCUCUUGGACUCCUUUUGUGGGUUUCCUGCUCUUGCUUUUUGCUAUUUGACGGCAGUGCUGGUUCACCAGCUAUAAAAGGGUAUGGCUACCCAUAUACAGCUGACACACGUAACAUGGGUGAUGACGGAGAAGACGAAGUAUUCAUCGCUCCAACCUUUGAUCAGAGUAACUGGCAGGCAUCAAACAACCAACCAACUGGCCCUGUGUAUGCAAGCUACAAUGAGCCUACAGUUGUGCAGCCGCCAGACUGGGAACCAUCUCAACAAAACCUGCAUGAAACACCUAGUCGUGAAAUUGAGAGACUUGUUAAUGGUGUGUCAAGAGACUGGGAGCUGGAAAACCCUGACAAGCCACUUGUAUUUCCUUUAUUGAGUGAGCCAGCAAAGCCUCAGCCUGGUCCUGUCUGGCCUCAAUCAACAUUUAGCGUUCCCUCUACAAAUGGUAUGUCUGCCUCCUCAAGUAAAGGCUCUACUCAUGUUGGUUCAACCACCUACCAUGCCUCAUCUGCCACCACAGAGGCUGCAAAGUCUCCUAGCUUUGACUCUUGGCAGCCUGAGCCAGAUAGAAGUGGUUAUGGUGUGGCUGGCUCUAGCAGUGACUACAGUGCAGCUGGAGGCAACAUUCCCCAUCUUGUCUAUGAGCAUGUCUUUCGAUACCCCUCUGAGAAUACAGAGCCCUCUAACAGUUAUGGCACCAGCUUCAAUACUGCAGGAGAGUAUGGCCAAGCUAAUUAUGAGAGCAGGGAGUCUUCAACUGGAUAUGCCCCCUCACUAGGGGAACCCUCAUUCCCCAGUUACCCAACUAAUACACAAGCUGACCCAAUCUAUCCAUCUAGGAUGGGAAACUUCCCUGAAAGAGCCAACUAUUUCGGUCAAACCAGCUACCAGCCACAAGAACCAGUUAGCACCCAGAGAAUGAGAGGACCAGUCUAUCCUCCUGCACCUCUUAGCCGUAUUAUCCAGUCCAGAAAUGGCUACGAACGAUCCAGUCAGUCCAUCAGUGAGUCCAGUUACGAGCCAGAAUUUCAGUCUGCAAUGCCUGUGAGCUUAAAGGGUGUCAAGGGUCCUGCACCUGGUAAACCAGCUGCCCCUAAAGGUGUGAAGAAAACUUGAAGAAUGGAUGUGCCCUCUGAAAAUAAAACUUGAAUCUGAACUA